AUGGAAAGAAAAAGUGAAUUGUGUAAUUUGCCUGGCUACGGACUUAUUGAUGUACUCUCUUUCAGUCGUGAAGAGAGUCAAAUGCCGCUUUUUCAUGUUCACUCUUCUCCCGAAGCACAAUUUCUCCGAUUCCUUUCUGUAAAUCGAUCUCUGACUCAACGACUUUAUUUCGCAACUUCUUUCUCGCUUAACGUCUUUCUUUCUAUACUGAUUCUUUCUUCCUUGUCCCUAAUUAUUUUUGUUUUCGUUUUAACAAUCUCAACUUCAUUCUCCCUAUCUAUCUAUCUAUCUAUCUAUCUAUCUACGUGGGCUUGUUUCUAUCGCAGUUGCUUCCUUUAUCUUGUUUCUGUCAACCUCAAGUUGAUACUAGCUCUCUUAACAUGUUUAUAUUUAUCGCAACUUUAUUUUUUUAACGUGUUUCUUUAUUUCUAUCAGUCACAACUUGAUUCUUGUUUCUCUCUCAUUCUAGUAAUCUAUCUGUCUUUAUCUUGUGUUUGCUAUCUAUCUAUCUAUCUAUCUAUCUAUCUAUCUAUCUAUCUAUCUAAAUUAGUUAUAUUCACCACUUUCCUUUGCGUUUUAUAUUUUUCUUUCUUUUUCAACUUGUUUUUUGACCAAUCUGAACUUGAUUCUAUCUAUCUAUCUAUCUAUCUAUCUAUCUAUCUAUCUAUCUAUCUAUCUAUCUAUCUAUCUAUCUCAGUUUCUUCAUCUAUCUAUCUAUCUAUCUAUCUAUCUAUCUAUCUAUCUAUCUAUCUAUCUCAGUUCCUUCAUCUAUCUAUCUAUCUAUCUAUCUAUCUAUCUCAGUUCCUUCAUCUAUCUAUCUAUCUAUCUAUCUAUCUAUCUAUCUAUCUAUCUAUCUAUCUCAGUUCCUUCAUCUAUCUAUCUAUCUAUCUAUCUAUCUAUCUAUCUAUCUAUCUAUCUAUCUAUCUAUCUAAGAUUGUUCAUAUCUAA